UUUUGUGACUGCGGCUCGUUGCUGCUGCUGCUGCUGCUUUUUCGUUGAAAUUACGUCUAAGCGUCAACAAAACGUUUUUUCAAGCAACAUGGACGUACAUUUAAAGAGACGACUAUGUGAAAACGGCAUAAACUACAAAAGGGCGCUGGACAGAAUCGUAGACAAGUAUUCAAAAGUCCAGCACCAGGAUGCAGGAAUAGACGUGGACCUCGAGAGUAUAAAUCCCAGAAAACUUGAUUCCUUUAUGGAGCAGUCGAGAAUGAUCCUGAGCCAGCUGGAAUCAAAGAGCCAGGCUGACUGGAGAGAGCGAUCGUUACAGUCACAAGACAUCACUGGAGAUUCUCGGCUGGAACUAACUUAUCAAGAUGAAGGAGAUGAUGAGACUUCUCGCUGCAGCGGCCAGUUUUACGCGGAUGAUUAUGGGAAGUCGAGCGUGAGCUCAGAGGAUGACAGUAGGAGCAGCUUUUCUCAGGUGGAGCUCCAGCCCGAGGAUGAAGACGAAGAGCUGCAGAUGUCUCUGAGCAGUCACGGCAACUCCUUGGUGGAGCUCUACCCCAGCACGAUAAGUCGAAUAGGGAGGGCUUGGCACCGGCAGCAUCUGUCUGAGGCCGCCACCUCGGUGCUGAGGAGGUACCGCAGGUGGAGGCGGCAGUCGAACAGAAGCUCUCUGAACAGCACCUUUGAUGUCACGCUGAGACGUGCCAGCGUCAGUCCAACGCAGCCAACCCCCAAGGUGCUGGUCAUGGACAUGUCCCGCAGCCCGGAGGAAAGGCAGCACACUCCUGGUAAGGAGAGAGGCUCGCUGAUGAGAGAGCAGCACCGGCGCGAUCGCGUCGAGACCCCACUGAGGAAAAACUACACCGUGUCUCAGCCGUCUCCGUCUAAGCCGUGCCAGCCGGGGAAGCAGGGCUCUUUGUCCUCCGUUAGUCCUUCACGACUUUACUGUCACGCCGCUAAAGCACCCGUGGAUUCACCGCUCAGACCGAGGAGGCUCUCUCUCUCUGCGCUGUCGGCACAGGCUGCCGGUUGCUCCGCGCGUGCAUCAGAGACCGCCUCUGACGUAGAGAGAUCCGACAUCUACGGCUCUCCGGUCAGACAGAGUCCCUCCAAACUGAGGGUGAUGAGCAUCCCCAGCAGGUCACCUCACGCAUUUUCCAACCGCUCCCGAGAAUAUUCUGUGGAAGGCAAUUCCAGAGCGUAUACGAGUCCUCAGACUCUGUCCACCGCUCUUCAGAGGCCAAUUGUGCCACUUAGGAGGCUUCACUCACCUCAGUCAGCUCCAACAGCAGACAUUCGUCAAAGGCGCAGACGGCACCUUUCCUUCGAUUCCUAUUUGCCACAGAGCCCCGCCCCUUACUCCCCGAAAAAGGUGGAUGAGGAUUUCCUCAAAGUUUACCACAAGUUCGUGUGCCAGAGCAAAUCAAUGCUGUUUAAUGCCCCUCCCUGCUCCCUCUGCGCUAGAAGCUCCGAUACCAGCUCAGGCCCCUCUUCCUCCGCUCUGGCAUCUCUGGCCUUGUCGCCCCACCGCUCGGCCUUGAGGAAACGCUACAGGGAGUUGGAUGAAUGUGGCAAGCCCCAGUCCAAGCGCUUCAGGGAAAAGUACUGCACGUACUCCCCGGGGUCGGAACGCCACAGGAAGGAGAUGCUGAGGCGCCGUCUUAUUCCGACAGUAAUGGAGCGUCCUCCUGGUGGCCUCUCCUCUCUCUCCAGUAAAUACGCCAAGUUUUAAGUCUCAAUUGCUUCCACUGAAGAAGAUUAGUGUCAUGACACAGUGAUACUGAAAGUCUGAGGUUGCAUUUGCAUAUAUCUAUGGCUUCAAGCUUCAUACGUUAUAUUACAUAGUUUUACUAAUGUUUAAAAACGGUCCAAUGAUAUUUGUAGUUCUUCUAACUAGAUUUUAGACUCCUGCUGUGGUUGUGUUAAUAACGCUUUGAAUAUUUUUGAAAGAUUUUCUUCAAAAUAAAACUGUCAAUGUGAAAAUA